GUCACUGUUAAAGAUGGUGGCAAUUGCGUUUCGACGUUAGCAGACAGAUGAGGGCUUGAAAGGAUCUGCGUUAUACCGAAUGAACGGUGUGCUAGGCUAAAUCUGGGCGAUUACUGACUCCUAGUAGGGAGGGGAUCUGCACAGUGAUCUUCUGCGCGGAGCUCCGAGCGCUCUGAGCUCAGGUUGUCUCUGCAGGCCUCGGACUGCACCGGCAAGGAAAAAUAGAGAUGCAGCACAGCUGAGAAGAAGCAGGAAAAGUUCGUAAUCUUUUACCAGUGAGCAGGGAAAAUGAGUUGUUCAGAAGAGCUGAAACCGUCAGAUCCAGACAGAAGCAGACCUCACCAGUGUCUGACCUGUGGGAAAUGUUUCACUCGGAUCUGUAGUCUAAGAAGACACGAACUGAGUCACACAUCAGAGGAACUAUACCACUGUGAACAGUGUGGCAGCAGUUUCAGCCAGUUAAAUGCUUACAAGAUACACCUGUAUACUCACCCUGAAGACACCUCAUACUGCUGCAACAAGUGUGGGAGAGAUUUCAGUGACCAGAGUUCCUACAGAAAACACCUUCGCGAUCACACUGGACCGUAUCAGUGUGAGCAGUGUGAAAAGAGUUUCAGUUACUUAAGUAUUUACAAAAUACACAUGCGUGUCCAUACUAAAGAAAAGCCAUACUGCUGUGACAAGUGUCCCAAGAGUUUUAGCUUUUUAAGCUCAUACAAGCGGCACCAGCUGAGCCACAGUGGAGAGAAACCUUACCAGUGUGAUUUUUGUGGAAAAAGUUUCACUCAGUCAGGCCAUUUCAGUCUUCAUCUGCGGAACCAUACCGGAGAGAAACCAUAUGAGUGUGGCCAAUGUGAAAAGAGCUUCAGUGACUUAAGUAGUUACAAGAUACACCAGCGUGUCCACACAGGUGAGAAGCCAUACUGCUGUGACCAGUGUGGCAGGAGUUUUUCUCAGCUGGGUAAUUAUAAAUCACAUUUACGCAUACACACGGGAGAGAAACCAUUCCAGUGUGAAUUAUGCAAGAAAAGCUUCUCUAUUUCAAAAACAUACAAGCAACAUAUUCACACUCAUACGGGAGAGAAACCCUAUAAUUGUAAAGAAUGCGGAAAGAGUUUUGGUCGUCUAAGCAAUUAUAUUCGCCACCUCCGCAUCCACACUGGAGAGCAGCCAUUCAGCUGUGACCAGUGUGGGAAAUGUUUCAAUAGCUCAUACAGUUACAACCGCCACUUACGUGUUCACACUGGAGAGAAACCAUAUUGGUGUUCACAUUGCAAGAGACUGUUCACUCGGUCACAGUCCUUAAAGACUCAUCGCUGCACUGUAAUACAUGACGAUGACGAGAGAGAGAGUGAGGUGAGCUGCUCCUCGACCAAUUCCAACCUACAGAAAGAGGUGACAAACUAAUGUACGUGUCAAAUGAACAUGUCUGACAUGAUGAAAAUACCUAGACAAAGCUGAUAACUUGCAAGAACUUUUUUGAUAAAGAGGAUGUUUAAAGGGACAAGUGGAUUGGGGGAAAAAAAAUGUCCCCCACACUAUAAGAGCUCUGGACACCUUGUUAUUGGAGCUAUCUUUGGGACUCUUUUGGGAAUCUCGUGUGAUACCUUUGUUCUUUUGUAGGUGAUGACAGGGCCAAUACUGGUUUAUACUAGAAUCUGAUAAUGGCCAGACUAAUGGCCACAUUUAAAGAUUAAUGCGAACAGCCAAAAAAAUCUGAUCUGACCACUAGGCCUGUUGGGUCCAAUCAAGGGCCUGACCGUCUCUGCCUGAGGAGAGCUCUGUUGUCAGAUGGAGGCAGUAUAUAAAGUAUGUGUUGUUGGUUUGUGACUCACAACAUAGAAAGAGCUGAUGAGUGUUUAAAAACCAUGGAAAACGGCCACUGUCUGUGCUUUUCAUGUUUAGUUAGAUUUUUUUUUUCUUUUUUAAAAUUCUAUGAAGUUU